AUGAAACCACCUUCAUCGUCCUCAUCCACAGCAACGUCUUUCAUCACUUCCUCUUCAUCACACCAAUCAGCAAAAUCAUUGCUCAUGAAAAAGAAGUUACUGGUUCAAUUUCAAAUUCAAACCAAACAUGAAUAUCCGAAUAAUUAUGCACCUUCAAAAGGCUUUUUGGAUUGGAAGAAUCAACCGAAUCCAUAUCGAUCAUUUAUCGGAGACGACGCCAAGCCUUUACAAACACUUUCAUUGAAUGAAGAAUUAAUUUUAAACAAAUCAAUACAUUUGAAAGGCUUUGAUGAAAUUUAUUUGGAACAGAAAGGAAUGUCCAAUGAAAACACGGCAUCAAAUAUUCAUCUUCCGAGCAGUUCGGUCGAAUUGAACGAAAAAAGUUUGAGUGAAUUUAUGUUCUAUAGUAUGAGUUUGUCUGCUACAAAGAAAUACAAGCACAACAGUUGGAGCUUGAGAGUGAAUCCAUCGAGUGGAAAUCUUCAUCCGUGUGAGGUGUAUUGCAUUUUAGAUUGUGACUUGAGUGACUUGACUGGACAAACAACCCAAGUUGAGAAAAAGUCUUCGACUCAUGUCUAUUCGUAUCAUCCAAAAUAUCAUGCAUUGCAAUUGCGAUGUGAAUGGAGUACGGUUUCACUUUUGAAAGAUUUAUUAUUUAAGACGAAUCAGGAUAAACACAAUGACAAGAAUAGAUUUUUUGCUGUAGGUCUAUGCACUGUGAACUAUAGAGAAACAUGGAAGUAUGGAAUUCGUUCGUACCGAUAUUCUCAAUUGGAUUCUGGACAUGCCAUAGCUGCCUUGAAAUAUAGUGCUUCAUUAUUCGGUUGGGAUUGUAUUGUUCUCAAUGAUCAUCCUCUUGUUACUUCAAAAUUAAUGGAAACCGUGCUUGGACUUGAUCAAUUUAAUGACACCGAAAUGAAAGAUUACGAAAAGGAAAAGGAAAAAUUCGAAGCUAUUAUUAUGAUAGACACCAAACCAAAUUUCAAGCUCGAUCCAUAUGGACUACAUAUCGAACAUACUCUUCCCGUCUCAAACACUGCUCAAGAAAAGCCUCAGCUCUACAAUGACAUUGUGAAUGGAAAAAUUCAAGCACAACGCUAUGGAAAACCAAAUUUAUUAUGUCACGAGCAUCAACAUUGGCCUCAAAUGGAGCCAAUUCCAGAAUUAUGCUCAUUGACGAAGCCAUAUCCUUCAUCCACACUGUCACAACUGAACGGGUCUUUCAAUUCUCUUUACCAACGAAAACCUAUUCAAUUUCUAGAUCUAGUUCCAUGUACACUUACCGCUCAACAAGUAAUUAGAACAAGAAGAAGCGCUCAAAAUUUCGAUGGUGUCACGUUUGUUGAGAAUAAGCAUCAAUUUUUCUCCAUGUUAGAAAAACUAUUGCCUUCUCGUUAUCCUUCAUUGUGGAGAUGCCUUUCUCCUUUCGACAAUUUCACCACAAAUGGUUGUAAUACUCAUCUUGUUCUAUUUGUUCAUCGAGUGAAGGGAGUAGAAAGUGGAAUGUAUCUGUUGUAUCGAGGUAUGGAGAAUAUGAACGAUGCAUCAACAAGCGAGAGCGUUUUCAAUAAGAUCAAACAAGAUUGGAACAUGAGUUUUGAUUGGAAAAAAGUGGAUCAAAAUCUUCCACUUUUUAAACUUGUCUCCAAUGAUUUGAGAAAAUUUGCAAAACUUUCUUCGUGUCUUCAAGACAUUGCAAGUGAUAGUUGUUUCAGUAUAGCAAUGGUGACAUUUAAUUUUGGAAAUCACAUUGCAAAGAAGGGUCCUUAUGGAUUUAAAGAACUGUACUGGGAAGCAGGAUAUAUUGGUCACAUUCUGUAUUUGGAAGCAGAGCGAAUAGGAUUGAGAGCUACUGGUAUUGGUUGCUUCUUUGAUGACACCAUUCUAGAAAAUGUGUUACAAAUUGAAGAAGAGGAUGUGUAUUCUGUUUUGAAUGAACUGGACGACAGUGAAGAUUCAGAUAUUGAUGAAAUUCAAAAUUAUCAAGAUUUGUAUCAUUUCACCAUUGGAAAACCAGUAGAAGAUACUCGAAUUCAAAGUAUUUCUCCCUAUAUUGAAAAUUAUGAUCAAUUUGAAUGA